AUGAGCGGCAUUUCACAGCGCAAAUCUAAGAUCUCCAAACCGCUGAUGGAGCGACGGAGGCGCGCGCGCAUUAACGCGUGCAUCAGAGAGCUGCGCGCGCUGCUCAUUCAAGCCCGCGCAACCACGAGCAGUCAAUCAUCUAAAUUGGAAAAAGCAGAAAUUCUGGAGUUUACCGUACGACACCUGCGCGCGCUUUCAACAGAUGAGUGGAGUCGGUUCUGCGCGGGAUACGCGGCGUGUGUGCGGGAAAUCACGCGCUUCUUCAGCACCACAGACGCGCUACAGCACCGACGGCCGAGCGCCGAACACCGGGACCGACCCGACACCUCACCGAACCCGGAUCCACUCACACACACUACAUGCGUCUGGAGACCCUGGAGCUGA